GAGGCCCUAGAAAGGGAACAGGAUAACUAGGGGUGCGGCCGCUCAGGCUAGAACCGGGGCCUGUGGACUCGGAGCCCAGUGCUCCCGGAGCUCACUGUCAGCACAUCCCCAGCUCCCACUCCGACUCAUCCUGGGCCUGGGAGCGCGGGGCUGGUCUCGGCCUCGCACGACCCCUGGGAUCCAGGGAGCGCUUGGGGAUCUUCGGCUCAGACCCCGGAAGCGCCGCGCAGCUCCCGGGAGCGGCGAGUGCGCUCGGGGUUGUCACUUUAAAUUAAAGAGAGAGCGAGCGGGCGAGCGCCAGGGAGCGCGCGACGGGCUCCUGGGAGCGUGCCCGGACUGCGGCGCAGUUCCCGACUGCCGCCCCGGCCCGGCCGAGCCCCCGGCCCGCGCCGCGCUCUUCCCAGGCGGGCGCGGGGCGACACUGCAGGGUUGGCUCCGCCGGCGACCGCCGGGCUUGGCGCCGGUGCGUGCGCGCUGCGGGAGGCCGGCGGGAGCCGGGAGCCGGGAGCCCGAGCCUGAACCCGAACCGGAGCGGCGACCCCUCCGCGGAGCCCGGUCUCACCCCCGGCGGCAGGCGGCAUGGCCGUGGACGUGGCAGAGUAUCACUUGAGCGUCAUCAAGAGUCCCCCUGACUGGGAGGUGGGUGUCUACGCCGCUGGGGCACUGGCUUUGCUGGGAAUUGCAGCCGUGAGCCUGUGGAAGCUCUGGACGUCGGGGAGCUUCCCCAGCCCCUCCCCGUUCCCAAACUAUGACUACAGAUACCUUCAGCAGAAGUAUGGUGAGACCUACGCAGAGGCCAGGCAGAAGAGAGUGCCGGCCUGGAAUGCGCAGCGCGCCAGCACUAGGGGGCCCCCCAGUCGCAAAGGCAGCCUCAGCAUCGAGGACACCUUUGAAAGCAUCAGCGAGCUGGGGCCCCUGGAGCUGAUGGGCAGGGAGCUGGACCUGGCCCCCUACGGCACCCUCCGGAAAUCCCAGUCGGCCGACUCCCUGAACUCCGUCUCCUCCGUGAGCAACAACUUCGGGCAGGACUUCACGCUGGGCCAGGUGGAGGUGAGCAUGGACUACGACGCCGCCUCCCACACCCUCCACGUGGCUGUGCUGCAAGGCAAGGACCUCCUGGAGCGGGAGGAAGCCAGCUUCGAGUCUUGUUUCAUGCGUGUCAGCCUGCUGCCGGACGAGCAGAUCGUGGGCAUUUCCCGGAUCCAGAGGAAUGCCUACUCCAUCUUCUUCGAUGAGAAGUUCUCCAUCCCGCUGGAUCCUGCAGCCCUGGAGGAGAAGAGCCUGCGGUUUUCGGUGUUUGGCAUCGAUGAAGAUGAGCGGAAUGUGAGCACGGGGGUGGUGGAGCUGAAGCUGUCUGUCCUCGACCUCCCGCUACAGCCCUUCAGCGGCUGGCUCUACCUGCAGGACCAGAACAAGGCUGCCGACGCUGUGGGCGAGAUCCUGUUGUCCCUCAGCUACCUCCCGACAGCUGAGCGCCUUACCGUGGUUGUGGUGAAAGCCAAGAAUCUCAUCUGGGCCAACGACAAGACCACGGCAGAUCCCUUUGUCAAGGUGUACCUGCUGCAGGAUGGGAGGAAGAUGAGCAAAAAGAAGACAGCUGUGAAGAGGGACGACCCUAACCCAGUGUUCAAUGAAGCCAUGAUCUUCUCUGUGCCAGCCAUUGUGCUCCAGGACCUGUCUCUCCGUGUGACGGUGGCUGAGAGCGGCAGUGACGGCCGUGGGGACAGCGUGGGUCACGUCAUCAUUGGGCCGUCAGCCAGCGGCAUGGGCGCCACCCACUGGAGCCAGAUGCUGGCCACGCUGCGCAGGCCCGUGUCCAUGUGGCAUCCCGUCCGGCGAAACUAACAGCCAGGCAGGGCUGGGGCGGGCACCGGAGACCGGCACGAGCCGAGCUCUGACACCCUUCUCUGUCAUCUGGCUGGAACCAUGAACGCUGGGGUCCCCGGUGGAGUCCCCAUGAGCCAUCAUGAUCCUUCUGUGCAGGCUGCGGUGGAGGAACAGGCCUGGCUGGAUGUCAGGGGACCCAGGGCUGUCUCCCACUGAGGACCGGCUGUGGCUGGGCAGGGACCCUGGGAGCACAGCCAGGCAUCGGCCCCCUGUGCUCCCAUUUUCAGAUCCCCAGCAGGUCCGUCCCUCGGCCUGGGGGGGCCUUGGCCUCUCAGAGCUCUCCACACCCCACCCCUGCUGGGAAGCCGUGCACAGGGACCCUGUGAGUCUUGGGGGCCAGAUGCUGUGCGAGGCACAGGCUGGGGUGACGUGAACAAGGCCAGCCCCUAGGAGGUUGGGGAGACGAGAUCCCCCUGCCCCGGUGAUCUGCUCGGUGCAGAUGGCGGCCCUGCCACCAGGACCUGUGGAGAGCUCAGGGGGACCGGGGGAGUGGGGGGCAACAUGGGAGCUGCACUGGGAGGGGCAGGGAGAGAGCUGAGUCCCGGGCCACAGCCCAGCCUUGGCCUAGCUGGGUAGGAUUGUGACCGUACCACAAACGCAGUCCUCCACCUGCUGCCGUGGACACAAGGGCCUCUCUCUGGGCAGGAGGAGGGACCAAGGAACCAGGCCAAGCGGUGGCCCGCAGGCCACCUGAGACAGCGCCUCCAGCCUCAUCCUCUGUGAAAUCUAAUCCCUAUAACCAUAACCCUCAUAAGGCCCAGGGGUCCAAAGAGGCCCAGCCCCAGCCCAGGCCAGCCCAGGCCAGCCCAGGGCCAGGGGACAUGCAGCUGGCCAGCCCCUGCAGCCUGGGAGACCCUCCACUCUUUUCAACCCAGAUCUGUGUUUCAGAUCAGAUCAGAUCAGUCACUCAGUCAUGUCCAACUCUUUGCAACUCAAGAUCUGUGUUUAGCCCCACACAAAUCAGGCACUGGCUCCACCAUGUUGGUUGGCAUCCCUCCAGGCCAGGCCCUCUGGGGAAAAGAGACACCUCCGCUGAGGGGGGCUGGGGGGCAAUGGGGUGGACAGAAUACAGACUGCUGGGGGCCUGGGCAAGGCCUCUGUGGGCACAGGUUCCUGAGAGGACGAGGUGGAGUCCCCAGGGCGGGAUCUUGGGGAAGGGGUGGCAGGAGCGGUGGUCGGGGAGGACGUUGAGGGGGGUCAGGAUGGAGUGGGGGGACAGGUUUGAAGCCCAGGGAAGGAAGGAGGUGGCUCUGGAGCCCAGUUCAAACCAUCAGAACACCAGAUGUCCGAGGGUGACCUCCAGAAGCAGACCCUGAGAUUCUCAGGCAAGGGGUUGACAGGGGCAGAGCCAUCAGGAGAAACAUUUAAGGCCAGGACGGAGCUCUGGGGCAAGAGAAGAGGCCAGCAGGUUGUGGCUUCAGGGGAGCCCAGCUUCAGCCCUAUGGGGAGGGGGUGCUCUGCUGUGUGGAUGGCACCCCAGGGGGCUCCAGCCUGGAUGCCAGGGUGGGGCUGUUACAGGCCCACAGGAGUCUUUGGCUCCUACCCUACCCUAGCUGGAGGGGAGGCGUGCCUAGCCUUCCAGGUGUCACCAAGGCAGCUCCACGCCACCGAGGCAGCCCCAGAGGAGCAGGCGGGGGUGCGCCUCUUGCCCUGAGGGGUGGGGAGGGGCCCCCAGGCCACAGGGAUGGAGGGGGAGGAAACAUGGCAACAUGCCCCCUGGCCCACCCUCGGGUGAGAGGUGGGUUCUCCGGCUGGCUGUCUCUGGAGACCCAGGCUCACCCAGGUAGGUUGGGGGGCCCCCAGUGAGGCUGGGGGUCCCAGGGUGGUCACAGGACUGGAGGCCGGACAGUGGCUUUCCCCACCUGACACGGCUGUGGCCCAGCCCUGAGGUCAGGCCAUCCACUGGGUGGAGGUCUGCGUGCCCCAGGCCAGCCCAGGGCCUGAGGACACGCAGCUGGCCAGCCCCUGCAGCCUGGGAGACCCUCCACUAUUCAACCCAGUGGCUCUGCCUGGCAGGCCGUGUCAUGUACCCCCACUUCGGGACCCCCUCCGCCUCUCCCCUAACUGCAUGAAAUGUUGACUCUGCACCUGGAUGGGCGUGGUGGGGACCAAGUAUGUCGACUGGAAUGAUUCUAGAACCAAAAUAAAGCUGGGGCAGGAAGGAGGGGGCUGCCAGGGAGCCCCGCUCGCCCCAAAUCAC